UGGCUGUAAUUAUAAUGGAUAUAGUCCCUCAGCUUCUGAUGGACAAAUCUCAAUGUCACCUGUACCGGAAGAUAAAUCAUCUUAUAUGACAUCAUCUAUAGAUAAUAGCACUAGCCAUUUCGGAACCUCCGAUGUACAGGGUACUGGCAGCAGAGAACAGCACAUGUAUGCCGGUUAUAAUUCUUAUAAUAAUUCAAAUUAUAAUAUGUAUCAACAAUCGCAGCAGAAUGACAGUGGUUUACAAUCGAGUUCUGAAAACGGACAUUCAUAUGGGUCCGUUCCAUAUGGUCAACAGUCAACACAAGGUGAAUAUAAUUAUUCAUCAUGGUCGGACAAUUCAGGCAUUGACGCAAGUAAACAACAGAAUAUGUAUCCAUAUUACCAACCAGUUGGAAAUUCUGAUACGUCUUAUACAAAUGAUUCUGCAUGGUGGAAUAAUUCCAGUCCUUAUACCACUAACAAUUAUUCAAAUCAAGAACAAAUUACAAAUAAUAACGAUGAGGGAGGGGAAUUUAUUUCGCUCAUGGACAAUA